AUGGACACGAGCUCAGAUAUCCCGACAACCUGGUCUUGGCAAUGCCACAAAUGCCAUCAAAGCCAUCCUAUGGCCUGUACUCAACGAUGUCUCUCUUGUUCCCACACGAUAUGUUUCCCCUCUGGGAACACCGGACACGAUUCAAACUCGAACUGCAAGAUCGUAUUCGAUGUUCCUAGUUGGCGGAGGUUCUUCAAACGGCGUCGCGAACUGUUUCAGCAGCAGAGUUCAUCAAACGAAGAACAGCAGAUGGCCGUUGCCGAUAAAGCCCCUGAACAGCAUGCAGAGGCCCCUGCGAGAGAUCACGCUCAUGUACAGCCCGGGUGGCUCGUCAAGAUGACCAAUGGCACACACAGCUGCUUCACAGACUGCGAGUUCCCCAGCGAAUGCUUCUUCAAGAUAGCACUCGAACGCAUCUGCAAGCCCUCCAACCAGCCAUCGUCGUCGUCGUCAUCGUUGUUCUCACAGUCCACGACUGAAAAGCUGCUAAAGACAGCGAAAAGGGCCAAAAAGUACAAAUCUCGAGACAGCAAAAGCUUUCAAAAGGUGCCGUCCCCUUUGGGCCAAGAGUGGCACGUUGACACUGCCUCGGAUGAGGAAGUAAAUCGCGACGCGGUCAACUCUCAAAGGGGAAAUGUUUAA